GAGCAGCAAGGCCGAGGGAGGAAAAUGGGGCCGAACUCCUUACCUCCUCCAAAGCUGAAGACAUGGUCGGGUUGCUUCAGGCAAGGCCCGGGCUGCAGCGGCGUAGGACGGAGAACGGGAAACGCCGCACCGAGCGCUCUCACCGCGAGCGCAGACAACACCGGCACGAGUAGCGGCGGACGCAGCUUGCGAGCACACCUGACCCUGCGCGAGAUUUCGGCCCGCCUCCCGCACGCGGCGCCUCUGGAACCUUCGCGAGUCCUUCGCCACCGCCCAACCAGCCUCAAGCACCGCCUGCCGGGCUCGGCCCCGCCUCGCCUCUCCUGGCCCCGCCCCACCCAUCUCGUCUCUUAGCAACACUCAAUUCUCGCGAUCAAACCGGCAGUUCGAGAAGAGUAAUGCCUCCACCGGAUCCAGCCCGGGAAACUCUACUGAGUAUACUUUGACCCCGUUUGUCCCGCCCGCGCAGUCGCCGCUCCGAACUGCUGCCUUCCGUAUGGUAAUAACCAUAACCCAACCCCGGAAAUCUGCGGGGUCCAAACCGGAAAUUGACAACAGAGUCGGUUGUUUCCGUGCGCUCUAGGACCCGGGGCCAUCGAGGCGGCCAUCUUGUGUAAGACUAAUUUGUGAACUUGUACGAGGCCAAAAAAAAAGGGGAGGAAAGGAAACCUAUUUAUGUUAAAGUGAGAAGGAACAAGAACGUUAACUGCAGAGUCCUGAAGAGAAUAGUUUAAUUUUCACUAGGUUCUGGUGCUCUGGUGACUUCACGACUUAGCGUGUACAACGUGGUUACGUCAUCACAGACCGCGAGAGGAUGUGGAGUUGCAUUGGCCACGUGACAGGACCCUUUAGCUCGUCGGGGCAAGUAAUAUAGCUGCACCUGGAGACGUCACGAUUUAGCGUGUACGACGUGGUGACGUCACUACGGACCAGGGGAGGAGGAGGAGGAGGAGGGGUUGCACGUGACCCGGACCCGCGGUCGCGGCUCGGAGAGAGAGCCUAUGGAGUUUUCAGAGUUCUGCCUGAAUUACAUGAUGUCAUGCACUGGAUUGUUCUCUGAAAGAUGAGCAGCAGCCACCCAAUCCAAUAUUAGCCAAUCAGAUUGUUGCAAGAUUUUGAAUUGGGACACUGAGAUGCCAGUCCAUCUCUGCUGGUCAGUUGAAGACGGCAUAUAAACCUGGAGGUUACACACUUUGAAGCAGAGGGGGCCUCUUUUCAGAGACAGCAGCAGCAGCAAAGCAUCACCUGUCAAGACAAGCAGAAGAGUGAUUAUGAGAACAAUUGUUCACAUUCCAGCCCCUUGUCCCUGUGCCUCUUCAGGCCCAACAGUUUGGCCUUUGGUAUGAUGAGCUAAAUAAACUUCUUCCCUUUUAAUGAACUACCUUAUUAUUACUAGGUUAGCUUGAGAGAGUUUGUUCCUUGCAACCAAGGAAUCCUUACAGAGAGGCACACAGGGCACUUGGCUGUGCCUCUGCACAGGGUGUCGUCUUGCAGGGAAUCGCCCAGAGCAAACUCCUAUUUAUUUCUCCUUGCUACAAGGACUAGAAUCUAGUACCAGAUAAAAAGCUUUUCACCAACGCCAGGUUCAGAUGAUUCAGAAUAAAGUCAGCUAGAAAAAAAAUCAAAAAAGACAUAGAUGGAUUUUAGAACAAAUGUUUAUUACUGCUUAAUGGGGCCAAAGGGGCAACACAAAGCAUUGAGAACAUCACUGGCUCACAAAAACAGUCACCUUGCUACCUUCUCGGUUGCAUUUGUUUAUUUCACAAGGCUUCAUUCACACAUGAAAACAAGAUAUUAAUCCAAUUCAAGUUCAUAACAAUUAUAAAAGUAAACAUUUGUUGGGACAAUGUACAAUAAAUUGCACUUUUCUUAACAAGCAUUACAUUUACAUUUAUAGAGUGUACUAUACAUAAUACAUGGAAUAAUGGAAACAUCUAAUUGGUCAGUUGAUAGAGGAGAGAGGCUGCUCACUAAUUUCUUUCGUAGUCAAUUAGCACUGUUUGAGCUAAUCAACUCCUUUAUUCUGGAACCUGUUUUCAUUGGAGAAGCCAUGGGCAAAAUCAUAGAAUUCGUAAAAACAGACGGCAUAGAAUUUCUACUACCUCCUCAGCAAGGGAAAGGUAGGAGUUGAAAGAAAUGAAGUGAGGCUGACUGAGAAACUUUCUUUCUUAUUUGAAUUAAGGAUCCAUACAUUAUGCAGAAUACCAAAAAUAGAGAAACUGAUGCAAAGGCUAUUACGAUCUUGGAUUCUGGGACCAAUUCCAGGCUUUAUUCUUGUGCUUUCAUGACACCAGAGUCUUGAUGAAUUUAUGUCCUUGUCAUUCAGUUUCCUAUAUUUUAUUCCAUAUAUAAUAUAUAGUUAUUAAAAGUUACAUUUCAACAGAAAAGAUUUUACAUGUUAAUUUAUUGCCAAUGAAAAAGGAAAGUAACUUAAAAUAUUCAUUUUCUACUCAAUGAUUCUUUUUUUAAAAAGUUUCCAGAAUACCACUAAUGAAAAACCAGGGGUGGAGGCAGGGAGAGUGGGACACGUUGAUGAAGAUGUUUUUAUAGCAGGGAGCAAACACACUUGUAGCUAAGCUUGACAUGUAGUCUUUUAGAUGGGAGCUAAGACAGGAAUGUCUGACAGCUGACUAGUCACUAAGCUACUCAUAAACAUCCACUUUUCUCCUUACAACUCAAGAUGAUCAUUUCCUAUCGAGGUGCAGCCCACAUGCAAGUUUUCAUUUUGGUAGCUCUUGAAAGAUAAGACAAUCCCUAAGGGCUCUGCUGUGUUACAUGGAAGCCACUAUGAGACAGGAAGAUGUUCUGGAGCAGUUCCAGUUCAAUGUGACCAUCAGCA